UGCAGCCUUGUCGGCUGCUCGAAGGUUUCGAAGCCCGGAUGGAGUGGAGCAGCCAUUGGGGAAGUCUUGUACCGUGCUGGGCUUUAACGUUGCACAAGGGGUCUCUCUCGCUCCCUGGGAUCAAAUCGUCUAAGUAAAAAAGCGACGAGGACAGACAUUGUCGCGGCAGGAGAUCCCUUCUUUGACUCGUCGCCGGAACUUAAAAACUCCCUAAAGGACUUUUUGUCCUGCUGGGGGAAACGUGCAAGUUGAGGAAAAGCGCACAGCGGAAAAGAGCACCACAGCUGAGCUACUAGCGCGGCACUGCUAGCCACACAGCUAACAGGGCAGCAGAAGUGGCAACUACAGCCCGGCAGCUGCCAACUCGUUUUUCCACAUCCGGUGCUUGAAAUCCAGUCAGCGGGCCGGGCUCUGAUUGAAUCCAGGGACUUGCUUCAUGAAUUAUGUCUGCCACAAGCAUUGACCCUCAGCGAUCAAAGGGACAAGCUUCUAAAGUGCAAAAUGGUUCACUGCAUCCGAAGGAGACUGUCCAUGACAAUGACUUUGAGCCAUACCUCACUGGUCAAUCAACUCAGAACAACAGCUACCAGUCCAUCACCGAUCCUUACUUGUCCAGUUACUACGCUCCUUCCAUCGGCUUUCCGUACCCACUCAGUGAGGCUCCUUGGUCCACAGGCGGCGAUCCCCCAAUGCCAUACCUUACCCCCUACGGACCCUUGAGCAAUGGCGACCAUCAUUUCAUGCCGGACACGGUGUUCGGCCAGCCGGGUGGCCUGGGAAGCAGCAUUUACCCUCACAGGUUUAAUUUUUUCCCCGAAAACCCCGCCUUCUCCGCUUGGGGGACAAGCGGCUCUCAGGGCCAGCAGACUCAAAGCUCAGCCUACGGCGGCAGCUACAGCUACCCGCCCAGCUCUCUCGGUGGUACGAUUGUGCCUGACGGUCAGACGGGUUUUCACAGCGACACGCUCAACAAAGCACCUGGUAUGAACAGCCUAGAGCAGGGCAUGGUGGGUUUGAAGAUCGGCGCGGACGUCACCAACCAGGCGUCCGCGGUCAAGGCUGUGGGCUCGGUGAUUGGCGGCGCGGCAGUGGCAGCCGCGGGGAAUGGCGCCACGCCCAUUGGAAUGCCCCCGCCCAAACCCGCCUCCUGGGCAGCCAUCGCCAGCAAGCCUGCCAAGCCGCAGCAGCUGAAAGCUAAGCUGAAGCCGGGGCUGGCCAACCCAGGGGUGGCUCUUCCCCCGCCGCCCAUUAAACACAAUAUGAACAUUGGCACUUGGGAAAAGGGACCUGUGACCAAAGUGGCCACGCUGCAGCACCACCACCACCACCAGCAGCAGCAGCACGGGGUUCAUCAUGCCAUUUCCCAUCAGGCCCCCAUGCAGCCUCCCCAUCCUCAGUCUCUGGUGCAGCCUCAGAUGCAGCCCAUGGCCUUACAGCACCAACCGCCCCACCACCAGCACCACCCACCACCCCCCCAGCCCUACCAAAACCACACCCAGCCACCGCAGACCCAAACCCGUUGGGUAGCCCCGCGCAACCGCAACCAAGCCUACGGGCAGGGAGGUCCCGGCCACGACGGUAGCGUGAUGAUGGGUAUGCUCGGUAGCGCAAACUGCAACCCCCCAACUUACACCAGCCAAGGACCUGGCGGCGAGUCCCACCCAGUGCUAGAGAAGCUCCGUGCCUCCCACAGUUAUAAUCCCAAGGACUUUGAAUGGAACCUGAAGAACGGCCGCGUGUUCAUCAUCAAGAGCUACUCUGAGGACGAUAUCCAUCGCUCCAUCAAGUACUCCAUUUGGUGCAGCACAGAGCACGGCAAUAAGCGACUGGACUCAGCCUUUCGCACCAUGAACGGCAAAGGCCCCGUGUACCUGCUCUUCAGCGUCAAUGGCAGCGGCCAUUUUUGCGGCGUGGCCGAGAUGCGUUCGCCCGUGGACUACGGCACCAGCGCCGGCGUUUGGGCGCAGGACAAGUGGAAGGGCAAGUUUGAUGUGGACUGGUUGUUUGUGAAGGACGUGCCUAAUAGCCAGUUGCGUCACAUUCGCCUGGAGAACAACGACAACAAGCCGGUGACCAACUCCCGCGACACGCAGGAGGUUCCUCUGGAGAAGGCCAAGCAGGUGCUUAAGAUCAUCACCACCUACAAACACACCACCUCCAUCUUUGAUGACUUUUCACACUAUGAGAAGAGACAGGAAGAAGAGGAGGAGGUGCGCAAGACGUUUGAACCUGCUCAAAUUCAGAGCCGCUCUCGCUUGGAUCAGGAGCGCCAAAACAGGAAUAAACAAUAGAGGACGUUUAUUUUUGGCUUGAUCAAGUUACACUAGGACACGAUUGAUUUAAGAGACAGAAGAAUACGAAAUGCAAACGGACCCUUCAUGUUUUCAUUUUCAAGUCUGGGAAUUUUCUGCCAUCAAAGAAUUUGUCGUUUUUUUUCUUUCCCCCAUCUCCCCUCUACUCCACAGGCAACACUUGUGCAGGGAUUGAGUUGAUUUUGUGUAUUAUGCCACUUUAAAUUCACUGUUUGUUAAAAAAAAAAUCUUCCAAAUAUUUUCUUAACAUCUCGCCAGACUGGUUGAGUUGUUUCCUGUGCCCACUAUCUCCCCUCGUCUGAUCUCCUCAGCUCCAUCAGGGUUUGACUGUAUCCUCCAGAAUAAAUCUGCCAGCCACUUUAUAUUUCCGUACAAUCAGGAAUGGCCAUGUCUUACCCCUAUUUGUCCACGUGGGGGCAGAAUUGCCAAGUUUUAGAGGUCUAACUGUGCCAACAGUGUUGGAGCAUCCUAAAGGCAAUUUGAAACUGUGCGAUAAUGAAACUUCAGUGAUUUGUUUUUCAUGCACAUUGACAAAAUCUCUAUUUUUGGGGGGCAUACUACUGACAACUUUGAUUGUUUUCUGAAGCCUUAGUGUUGUUUUUUCCCCCCCUCCUCCCCACUAAUUGAACUGCGAACACAGUGACACUGCUGUAGAAAUCAGGGAUCGUGUGACAUCAUACAAGACAUUUUAGAGGAGGAUUCUGGGGGGGUGGGGGAAACAGAACCAUUGACCUAUCUUUUAACAAACAAACAAGAAAACAUCAAAAUGUACGCUCCACAUCGUUCACAUCUCUGUUCUUUGGAUGUUUGUCUCCAAGGGUGCCGGUGUUUCUCAUGCUGCGCCCUUUUCCAUUUUUACAAUCAAAUUGAUGUUGUGAUGUCGCUUUGUGUUUUGCUCCAAGAAGUCAGGGGGGAGGGCUUGCUCUGUUUGUCACCAUUCUGUCUUAAUCCUCAUGCAUUUUUGGCCACUUCCCCAUCCAACCACCCCCGAGUUUGCCAAUUCUCACGUUGAUGGUCAUGCUAAGCUUUAACGUAGAAGCCUAUAUAUAUAUAUUCAUGGAGAAAGCCUAAAAAUGUAUAACCUAAUAAUAACUGUAACUGAUUUACUAUUUAGUAAGAAAAAAAAUGAAUGCAAAGUGGUUUGUGUCUUUUUUUUUUUUUUUGGGGUAUAGGACCCUGAAAUCAUUGUCUGCUUGUACACAUGACACGUGUACCUAUUCUGAUGACAAAACCUAAAUGCCCCAUCUUCAAAAAUGUGUUCAUGUAUGUCAAACUGGCAUAUGGCUAGUGUGCCAUUCAGUAGGCUGGUGAUGAAAAAUGUGCAACGAUUGCUCGAAGCUGUGAGCCAUUGUUGAAUUCCAGACUUCUCAUUUGGACUGUGAGGUUUAACUCAAACUUCAUGCACAUUCAAUAGCAGCUCCAAAUGCAAUUACACCUUAAGGUGGAACUCAAAUAUUUGCAUUGUAAUAAUGUCUCGUGUACCCCCACUAGUCUAAACACAGAACUCUGGUCAAUAUUGUGUUUGUGAAAUAUGAAUUAAGCAGUUGAAGUUAUCCAUCUCACGACGCUGCCAUUUUGUGCAAGUGCUCUCAGGGUCGUGUUGUGAAUGUCACGGCUCACCGAUUUUCUGGAUUCGGUCAUGUGACGUUUGCAAUGCGAGCCCAAAGCAAGGAUGUAAUAAUAAUGCUGUUUACUUUCUGUCAGAAGGAGUGGCGCUACCGGCGGCCAUCUGACGUUGCCAAUUACUAAGCCAGUCAUACUUGAAUACAAUAAUUUCUCUGGGUUUGCUUCACACUAUUUUUUUGUCUUUGUUGAAAAUCCCCUCUUGUAUGGCAAACAAUUGACUAAAUGCAGGAGAUUGAUGAAUACAGAUGGAUUAUCGAUUCUUGUUUCACAGAUGCACUAUUGUUCAGUAUACCGUGUUUAGACUAUAGUCAGGACACAUGGAUCAUAGAGAAAAUACUUGCCUUGAAUUCUCCUUUAAAUUAGACACGCUUGCCAUCCGCACAGUUGUUAGAUUUUAUCCUCGGUUUGAUGGAGAUAAUGGAAAACUUCGCCACUUUAUAAUCGUUUGUGUGUGUGUGCGUGCGCGUGUGUGGACUUGACUAGUGACUCUGCACCAUCAUUUUAUCCGUCAAGUCUGGUUUCCAUGGGAACUGACCUCUUGGCAGCAUCCCUCCCACACCUCUAUCCUGUCGUCAGGUUGCUUGACCGAGCUGCAUAAUGGAUAGCCUUCACAGCUUUGCUUGUCUCCAUUCGAGUAGUGUGAAAGGUGAGGGAUGUUGUUUUUGUUUUAAUCUAUUGGGAGGGGGUCAAUCAGCGAGGUCAGUAGAUGCUUGUGUUGAUGUAGGAUUGACUUGCACAUCAACGGGAAAUGGCAGAAGAGCGGGAUUAGCCAUGAACAGAUGUAUCAGAGAUGAAUGACAAAUAUAAAAUGAAAAUUCUCUUCUAGACCACCGUAGUAAUAGAGAUAUUGUUCAACAGAUGUGUCUUUUUUUUUUCUUUUCUUGGUAGAAGAAAUCAAGCCUUAAUAAACUGUCCAUUCAGAAA